AUGAAGGAUGAAAUUUCUCCUUUCACCCACAUGGGGCAGCAUCCUCCAGAGACCAAUGGGUGGCGCCCGGUGGUGUCCAGUGCUCUGUCCUCGGUGGCCGGUAAAUGGGAACUCCCCGUCUUCACGCUUCCCUUCAACAUCCUGAUAUGUCUGCAUGUGGCCGCCACAGGCGCCGGUCACCCGUAUUUCCCACAGGUGGACAUCCGGCCCAAAGUCCACCUGAAUGACUCCGAGGGAGCGUUUGACGUCCUUCAGGUGUUCGGCUGCGAUUCCCCCUGGACGGCGGGCCUCGUCCUGAUGGGCCUGCUGCUCUGCUCGCCGGCCAUCUUUUUCCACGCCGUUCUGGGCUCCGCCGCCGGCGUGUGUGUCGGCCUGGCCCUGGCGGCCCCCCAGAGGGAGCUCUACUCCGGGCUGUGGGGGUUCAACAGCGCCCUGUCCUGCAUCGCCAUCGGAGGGAACCCCGCCCUCCUCAGGGUUCCCCUGAGCGCCGUUUCUAACCCGGAGGAGAACCGUCGCUACCUGAAACGGGCCUCGGCCCCCGGAAAAGUUCCACCGGGGGCCGAGGGGCCAAAC